GGCAGGAGCAGCAGCAUCUCCAGACGUCUGUCAUAUGAGGCAUGACUGCGCGUCACCGCUAUUUUGGACACUUUGGAUGGAGCGCAGUACGAUGCGCACGAGGACGUGCCAGAUCUAUGCUUGACACUAUAGUAGAAUAAAUAUAUGCCUCUGAUCAAAUCCUAUCUGUUUAAGGAGGAUAUCUAAUAAGUUUAUCAUGGCUGGUCCUCAGAGCGGCUCAAACGUAACGCGUAAUUUCACAAAUCAGUUCGUGCAGCCGCCGUGGCGCGUCGCGAUCUGGUCGGUCGCGUACAGCUCCGUGCUGGCGGUCGCUGUGUUCGGGAACCUCAUCGUUAUGUGGAUCAUUUUGGCUCACAAACGGAUGCGCACCGUGACCAACUAUUUCUUGCUCAACCUGGCGUUCUCCGACGCCUCGAUGGCCGCCUUCAACACGCUCAUCAACUUCAUUUACGCCACGCACGGAGAGUGGUACUUUGGAGAGGUUUACUGCAAGUUCCACAACUUCUUUCCGGUGACCGCUGUGUUUGCCAGCAUUUACUCCAUGACUGCGAUUGCAGUCGACAGGUACAUGGCCAUAAUUCACCCUCUGAAGCCUCGUCUGUCAGCUACCGCUACCAAAGUGGUGAUUGUCUGUAUUUGGGCCCUGGCUGUGAUUUUGGCCUUCCCGCUGUGUUUCUACUCGACCACGAGAACUAUGCCUCGCAGAACCGUCUGUUACGUUGCUUGGCCGAGACCUUCUGAGGAUUCGUUCAUGUAUCAUAUCAUAGUAACAGUGCUGGUGUACAUGCUGCCCCUAGUGGUCAUGGGUAUCACCUACACUAUAGUCGGGGUGACACUAUGGGGAGGAGAGAUUCCUGGAGAUUCGUCGGACAAUUAUGUUGGACAAUUACAUGCUAAAAGGAAGGUGGUGAAGAUGAUGAUUGUGGUGGUGGUGACCUUUGCCCUCUGCUGGUUGCCCUAUCACAUCUAUUUCAUUGUGACGGGCCUAAACAAGCGUCUGAACAAGUGGAAGUCCAUCCAGCAGGUGUAUCUGUCCGUGUUGUGGUUGGCCAUGAGCUCCACCAUGUACAACCCCAUCAUUUACUGCUGUCUGAAUGGCAGGUUUCGGGCCGGUUUCAAACGGGCCUUCAGGUGGUGUCCCUUCAUCCAUGUGUCCAGCUAUGAUGAGCUCGAGCUCCGUCCCACCCGUCUCCACCCACGCAACCAGAGCAGCAUGUGCACCCGCAUCGACACCAGCAUCCACAGCGAUGACCCGCGCUGCACCAACCGCAAGAGCACCAAGUCCCAGUGUCAGGUGGAGGUCAAAGAUGAAAGCACGGCAGCAACUAAACUCUGCCUUCACAGAGAGCCCACGUUUGCAGCCGAGCAGCUCAGCUGAAGGGCCCCACGUGCAUCGGAUUGUGGUUCUGCCAUAAAUAUACUGUAAAUAACACAAUGCAAAUACAUCCACAGGUGUUAUAUAAAUGACAUACUGAGAGUAUGCAUUGAGACUAAAUGCGCUCAAAACUGCAGCAUGAUGAGGUAAUACUGCCUCCAAGUGGAGAACUUUUAGUGUUUUCAGUGUAGUGUAGCAUACUACUCAGUGCAUGCUGCCUACUGCAACUGACUUCUAUAUGUCUUUAAAUAGAACACAACAUAGUACAGAUUAUGAAAUGACAAAUAUUUAACACAUGAAAACAGUAUGCUACACUACAAAGUCAUGACCUCAUCAUGUUGCAUGAUUAUAGGAAAUUACAUUUGUCAUAUUUGAUUCAGUUUUGUUUACAAACAAUGGUUAGAGUCUGUCAGAUAAUGCUAAAAUGAUUCUAAAAUGAAUGCUUCUGAUUGAUUCAGUUCAAUAGAAUUAGAAUGCCAAACUCAAGUGUUCUAUUCUAUGUGUUCUAUUUACAUUUUAAAGGUGCAUUCUGUGAAUCUUGAACAUAUCCAGCUCUUCUCCUUCUGUGUGAAAGUGUGCUUCAGUGAGAUCUUCAGUUGAGAUUGACUUCAAAACUUUAAUUGAAUGUAAAUCUCACUGUAAUAAUACAUCUGAGCCAACAAACGUACAGGCAGAUUUGAAACUUGUGCUGUCAGAUGUAGCGGUGUCAGAAAAUGAGUCUAAAUGAUUUUAAAUAAUGUGUGUGACAAAAUAAUGGACUUUAUUUGAAUCUCGUAAAACCAUUCUCAUAUACACUGGUGCACAGAGCUCUUUCUGUUUUGUGAAUAAGGUCUAAUGAAGGUAUAUAAAACACUACAAUAACUAAACUAUACAGUUUAUCUUGUUCGGGUUUGAUAUAUUACAGUAUGUGCUGUAUGAUGUACUGUAAAUGUUAACAUAAUGUGCUUAUGGUUUGUAUUGAACAUAAUGUGCAAAGUUAACUUUUCAUGACCUAAAAUCACUAAAGUAUAGUCAUAAAAAGUGGAUGUGGUAAAAAUGCUUUUCAUGUUUAACCAAAUUGAUUAUGUUUUUCCAGUUUUUACACCUGCUUUGACUAAAAAUAUGUGUGAUAAUCUAUUCAUGUUGGUAUGGUCACAUUGUUUUGAUGUUCAAUGUGAAAAGAAAACUGAUAUAUAUUAA